CGGGGUGGCGCUUUGCACCCCCAGAGCAUUCUCUUUCCGUGCCCGCUGUGCCAGCGCGAUGUGGACCUGGGCGAGCGAGGCAUAGGCAGCCUCUUCCGGAACCUGACGCUCGAACGGGUGGUGGAGCGUUACCGCCACACCAUCAACGUCAACGCGGCCAUCAUGUGCCAGUUCUGCAAGCCGCCGCAGCUGGAAGCCACCAAGGGCUGCACGGAGUGCCGAUCCAGCUUUUGCAACGAAUGUUUCAAACUUUACCACCCGUGGGGGACGCAGAAAGCCCAGCACGAACCGAUCCCUCCGACGCUCACUUUCCGUCCCAAAGGUCUGCUGUGUCCCGAACACCGCGAAGAAGUCACCCAUUACUGCAGAACCUGCCAGCGUUUGGUGUGUCAGUUAUGCCGAGUGCGUCGCACGCACACGAAUCACAAAAUCACCCCCGUGCUCAGCGCCUACCAGGCUCUUAAGGAAAAAUUGACAAAGAGCCUAGCUUAUAUCCUGAGCAAUCAAGACACAGUGCAGGCGCAAAUCAACGAAUUGGAAGAGACUCUUCGGCUGACGGAGGUGAAUGGCACCCAGGCCAAGGAAGAGAUCAUAAGGCUGAUGAACAACUUAAGCGGCCUGCUGGAUGAGAAGCGGUCUGCCCUGCUUAACGCAAUCGAGGAUUGUCGCCAGGACCGGGUCAGCCGGCUACAAACCCAGUUACAGGAACAUCAAGCCAUGAUGGAGAAUUCUGGCAUGGUGGGUUACUCACAGGAGGUCUUGAAGGAAACGGAUCAGCCCUGCUUCGUCCAGGCCGCCAGGCAGCUUCACCACAGGAUCCUCAGAGCGACGGAUUCCCUCCAGGCCUUCCGGCCAGCGGCCAGCGCCUCCUUCGGCCAAUUCCAGGUGGACAUCAGCCGGGAAGUGAAGCUCCUAACAGACCUCAUUUUUAUUAAAGCCCCGGAGGCUCCUGUGAUCGACACGCAGCGGACGUACGCCUACGACCAGAUCUUCCUCUGCUGGCGCCUGCCGCAGCAUUCGCCAGCCGCCUGGCACUACACGGUGGAGUUCCGGCGGGCCGAGCCCAAGGGCAAGGCGCUCAAACUGUGGCAGAGGCGGGAGGAGGUCCGAGGCACCAGCGCCAUUGUGGAGUACGUGGACACGGAUAGCGUUUACGUGCUGCGCGUCCGAGGAUACAACAAAGCGGGCUUCGGGGACUACAGCGAGGAUAUCUAUUUGCGUACACCGCCCGCACCUGUGCUGAACUUCUUUCUGGACAAUCGGUGGGGUUUCAACCGAGAACGCCUGGCCAUCAGCAAGGACCAGCGAGCGGUCCGCAGCGUUCCCGGUCUUCCCAUGCUGUUUGCCGCCGAGCGUUUGAUGACCAGCUGCCAUCUUUCGGUUGACUUGGUGAUCGGCGAUGUGGCGGUCACUCAAGGGCGCAGCUAUUGGGCCUGUUGUGUGGAUCCCAGUUCCUACCUGGUCAAGGUGGGCGUAGGGCUGGAGAGCAAGCUGCAGGAAUGGUUCCAGGUGCCCCAAGACGUGACGAGCCCCAGGUACGACCCGGAUAGUGGGCACGACAGCGGCGCUGAGGAUACCACGUUGGAGUCAUCGCCGCCCUUCGCCUUCCUGACCAUCGGCAUGGGCAAAAUCCUCCUUUCCCACGGGGUGUCCCUGACCUCGCGGGAUCCCGGCAACUCCACCGUGCCGUUGCCUCCCCGCGUCGGCAUCUGUCUCGACUACGAGCACAGCAAAGUGACGUUCUUCGACGCCGUCUCCUUCCGCAGCCUGUGGGAGUGCGGGGUAGACUGCUCGGGGCCCGUCUGCCCGGCCUUCUGCUUCAUCGGCGGCGGCGCCUUACACCUUCAAGAGCUGGUGGUCAGCCGUCAGGAACGGAAAGUCACCAUCAGCGGCUUCUCGAAGCUGGAUUGAAAUUUGCCGUCGGGCCGAUUCCGAGCAUGUUCGGGGAGAGGAUCAACCAGCAAGAAGGGGGGACCUUGGGGUCUGGAGUGUGCACGCGUGUUUCUCCAGCCCCUGCUUGCGGUGGGGGAAAAAUGAAAAAAAUAUCUCAAGGUAUGGGGUGGGUGAGUAGAGGAUUUGGGCAAUAGGAACAGGGCAGAGCAUAUGUUGAGCAAUGCUGCCCUCUAGUGGAUAGACUGUUUAAAUUCUGAUGGUGGCGGAAUUCCUAGCUCCCCCCCAUCCCAGCUGUGGGGGCUGAGAGCAACUUUCCCCCCACAGCCACCCCACGUAGGGCGAUUUUUUAAAACUAUCCAACAUCCUUUCUCUGUUUCGUUCUCAUCUUCCGAUUCCCCCUCCCGUUGCGCUCCUGUCUGGGGCAGAAAUCUCAGUUGAAAAAAGACAAAUAUGACCCCCCCCUCCCCCCAAAAAAACCUUGUUUGGAGCAUGGCUGAGUUUGGAAUGGCUUCUAAUGCCUUUCUCCCCCCCCCAACCACGUUUUACGUUGAAAAAGAUUUUUUUUACAAAAUAUUGUAAAACGCCAUCUCGAAAACGUCCGCUCCUCACCUCUGUCUCUUUACUCGUAAGGUACAAUCCGUCCCGCUGUACUCCCCGCGUAGUCAUCCUUUUAAAUUAAUCUCUCUCGUUUUUGUUUUUUUAAAAAAAACUCCCUCGUCACGCUCCUCAAGUUUACCGUUUCCGCGAAUCGCUCCGUAACUCGUUUUCCUAAUUUUGGCAACUUCCGAUUUUCCGUUGGUUGAGAAAGGGCCGGUUCUGACACCGCGGCUGACUUACCUGCCAUGUUAUAUCCUCUCUCAGAAAUCCAAGAGCAGCUGGGAAGAUAAACCACGUUUUAAAAAUUUCCUAGUGGUGUUUCCUCACCAGAGUUUGCUUCUUCAGAGGGUCGAUCCCCCGCGCGACCAAGUGUCGAUCCCCCGUCUGAAGCUAUCGGCACAACCCACAAAUGGAUUCCAAAGCGGAUUUUAAGUUUUGCAGCUAAGAUUUCCCGGCUGAAAAGUCAGCGUGAAUUCCCUCUAAUUCCCUAACCGGGAAUCAAGAUUAUGCCCCCCCCCUUUUUUUUCUAAAACAGUGGUAGAUUCCCUUCCCCAAACGUUUCCUUCUCGUAAAAGUAAACCCAACCACGUGUCGCUUUUUGGUUUCUUCUACGCCAGAGCUGGUUUGACAUCCUGAAUUUCUGGUUUAGCUUGGGAUCCAUUUGAUCUUCCAACUUUGGAAAAGCCGGGGAGGGGGGGAAUUGUCUCCCCCCCCCUAAAAAAAACCCCAAGGAUUUCUAUGGAUGUUUUCUCAUCUCCUGCGGUUGUUCAUUGUAAAAAUGCAAAAUCGAUCCUAAUGGAAAUUUGUCGGAUUUCUGCCCCCCUCGGAAGUUGUUUGUGAUGUGAAUCCUGAACUAUGUCAGGCCGGAUCCUGAAGGACGUGAUAAAUUGUGCCCUCAAUAGUCUUCGAUUUACGACAAUUCUUUUUAACGACUUUCCAAGAAAAAAAAAGGUGACUUUUGCAACCACUCCAUGAUGACGCGAUUCAAAAUUUGUGCCCUUGGCCAACUUGCAUGAAUUGACGACGGUGGCCAUUCCUCCGAGGAGGGGCCGUUUGCCACCGUCCCAGGUUUCGCUUAACGACCACGGGGGAUUGGUUGAACGGCCCAGCACCCCCCCCCAAAAAGAAAAGAA